UCUUCGGACCUGUUUAUCAGUAACUUCUGUAUCAGUGAACUAUUGAAGACACAUGAUUGCACUUACCCACGUUAUAAAGUUCGUUUGGUAGAUUUAGAGUUUAGAGUCGUCCGUCUUUUUUUCAACGUGCAGCUUUCUCUGCCGCUCUCACGAAAUAACGUCGAAAUUGUAUGUUAAUGAGAGCUUGUUUUCUGGCGACAACAAGUAAGAUCACAUCGUUUAGCGCAGUGAGAAACAUCAGAAGUGUCGCUGAAAUGUCAAAGUUUGAUCUUCCUGCUCGUUUAAAAGGCAAUGAGAAAUCUGUCUGGGUGGAAUACAUUCAGCUCGCUCUCCAGUAUAAACCAUUAAAUUUGGGCCAGGGAUUUCCUGAUUAUUACGCACCUAAAAAUGUGACUGAUGCCUUGGUUGCUACCGCAAACAGUGACAAUCCACUUUUGCAACAAUAUACUAGAGGAUUUGGCCAUCCAAGAUUGGUGAACGCUAUUGCAAAACUUUACUCCAAAGUCAUCAACCGUGAUAUAAACCCAAACCAGGAAGUGUUGGUUACUGCUGGUGCUUAUGAAGCAUUAUUUGUCACUCUGCAGGGACACACAAAUCCCGGAGAUGAAUGGAUCAUCAUCGAACCUUUCUUUGAUUGUUACGUGCCUAUGGUACAAACUGCUGGUGGAGUUCCUAGAUUCAUAGCACUAAAACCGAAAUCCACAACAAGCACGAUCAGCUCUCGCGACUGGGUAUUUGAUAGAAAGGAAAUGGAAAGUCUUUUUAAUGAAAAAACUAAAGGUAUCAUCAUCAAUACGCCGCACAAUCCGGUAGGAAAGGUGUUUACGUUGGAAGAAUUACAAUUUAUCGCUGAUCUCGCAAAGAAAUGGAACACUCUCGUGGUAUCGGACGAAGUUUAUGAGUGGAUCGUCUAUGAACCACAUCGUCACAUAAGAAUAGCGACGUUACCGGGUAUGUUUGAACGUACGAUUACAAUUGGAUCAGCGGGCAAGACGUUCAGUGUAACAGGCUGGAAGAUAGGCUGGGCAUACGGACCGUCGAAUCUAAUGUACAAUCUGCAAGUGAUGCAUCAAAACACCGUGUACACUUGCAGCACUCCAAUUCAGGAAGCGGUGGCUAUCGGUUUCGAACUGGAGAUGGAACGUUUGGGCCAGCCAGAGUGCUAUUUCCAUAGUCUGGCGCAGGAGCUGCUGCCGAAGCGGGACUACAUGGCUAAGUUCUUGUCGGAAGUUGGCAUGGUUCCGACAAUACCUGAGGGCGGGUACUUUAUGCUCGCCAAUUGGACAUCGUUGGAGAACAAAGUGAAGUUGAACGAGGAGACUGACAAGUACAAGGACUACAGAUUCACCAAAUGGAUGACUAAGAACGUCGGUCUUCAAGGUAUUCCACCUUCGGCAUUCUACGGUCCCAAACACAGACAUUUAGGUGAGGACUACGUGCGAUACUGCUUUAUCAAGAAAGACGAAAACUUAAAGGCGGCUGCUGAUAUCUUGAAGAAAUGGGCAUCUAAAUAAUUUAUAUCAUGUGUAAAUAAUGUAUAUAUAUGAUACAUUCUCCGACAUCUUACGCGACUGAUCCUAUUGAGUGUUAAUCGAAUUGAUCAGUUUUUACAACAACAGUAUAUUAGAUCUUUUAUACGCUAUUUCUAGUACGGCAAAUUUAUCCAUGUAAUAUGUAAGGAAAUGUAGAAGAAGGUGUAAGACGGCAGGUGAUUUUUGCAUACGUUUGUAUCUCGGCGAAUUCGUUAUAGACGAUUCUGCGUAUAAAUUAGGGAUCUUCCUACAAAGUUUCCCCGAUCCUCGAUUAGACAGAGUCUCGUUGGAACCAGCUCUUGGCGUCUCUCGUGUCAACCUCGAAGGUCUUGCCGCAUCUGCAAAGUAAACGUUUAUUCUUGAAAAAAA